AUGCUAGUUUUAGCUUUUAAUGCGGUCGUCUGGGAUCAGUUAUGCGAUUUCGCGGUUCAGCAAUUGCAGUACUUCCUCCUUGUUAAGUUGCCGGGUUACUUUGCUGCCGUGCAAGAAGGGAACAAGUCCAAAAGGAAGCUCGUGCUGGGGAGCCGCUGGACGGAGGAGGAUGUCCAGAGAGUGGGUAGCAUAGCGCUGGAGCUCGCUGCAGCUCGCUUGGCCGAAUGUGAUCAGAGUGAGACAUCAAACGGACUCGAAAGUGAUGUCGUGCCCAGGAGUUGCUCGACAGAAGAGGACCCUCGGAGAGUGUUCAUGGAACAACUGGAGCAGCUACCAGUACCUCACUCAGCUGAUCUUGUCCAGAGGUGCAUCCCAAACACUCUCGAGGGGGUCGUAGCAGAGAUUCGCUCAUUGCUGGAGGCAACCAUUCAGAGGGUGGAGGAAGCAGCGGAGCUUGCAGACUGUACCCACCUCAGAAGAGAAUACAGGGCCAAUGCUAAAUCUCCGGCAAAGAAUGGUUGUUUUCCGCAGAGAAAAUAUCAGCUUCAUUUUGAAACCAAACUGCCAGAUCGUGUAUUCACUAAAGAUAAAUUAGUAGGAGAGGGGGAGACUAUCAUUUCCGUUGCCUUGAUCGAUGCAAAUACAGGGGAUACAGUUACAUCAGGCUGGGAAUCCUCUGCUAAGGUGGAGGUCGUCGUGCUUGAUAGUGGCUUCAACAAAGACGAGCAGGAUAACUGGGCUCCAGAAGAGUUUGAGAGUUAUGUGGUUCCAGGACAAGAGGGGCCGCCUUUGAAAGGAAAUCUCCAAGUGAGGCUGAAGGAAGGUGUUGCGGAGCUGGGAGACCUGUCAUUUAAUAAAAACUCCAGAAAGAUGAAAUCCGAGAAACGUUAUCCACCUGCACUUGAGGAUGACGUCUGGAGGUUGAACGAAAUUGCCAAGGACGGGACACGUCACCAGAAACUGAAGAACGAAGGAAUAUAUAAAGUGAAGGACUUUCUCUUGCAACUGUCUACUGAUCCCGAGAAACUGAAAGAGAUUCUUGGAAUGGAGAAACGCCACGAGGACUGGAAGAUCCUUAGAGAUCAUGCAAGGACUUGCAAGACCAAUUGGCAGCUUCAUUUGUACUAUGCUGAUGGCGAGGGGAAGUGUGGUGCUAUAGUCGACUAUGAUGGUCAACUCAUCGGCUUAAUCAAAAACAGGGAUCUUGAAGAUGCAAUCGUGAAAAUGGCCUUCGAUAACUGGAAUGGUGUUGCGGAGCUCGAUGGUAAGACCCUCUCUGGUUCAAUGCAGAAGAAAAGCUCAAGCUCUUCUUCAUCUCACGUCCUUGAUGGAUUUGCUCCAGGAACCUUUGCUACUCGAGUUGGUCAGGAACCUCCUCCGGCAACUGUGGGCUCCACUGGUGAAGGACAUAAUGGUGUGAGUGCUUUGCCGUUGCCAGCAGAGUCAGAAAUUAUCAAUUUUGGAAAUGCCACGGGGCUUGCAGUUGGUGAAAGUGCUCUCGCUACACAUCAUCAGCCUGAACUUGCAGACCGCUCAAAUUUUCCAAUUUCCAGAGGAGGUAAUGGUCUUACCACUGUCCAACUUCCAAUGCAGUCCGAAGAUACCAGUUCGCAAUAUGCCACGGGGAGCCAAUGGAUCAAUACUUCGAGCCAAAGGGACUGUACUCUGAAUGGGCAUGUUCCGCCCUCAGAAUUGUCCUCUGCCACAAUAUCAGGCUUCCCAUCUAGUAGUGCACUUCCUGUUUCUGAAGGCAAUCCCCUGAUGGAAGGUACCGAAUUCGACCCCUUUAGAUUGCGAUAG